GCUUUGUCCGGUUUACCUGGCGGGCCACCACCACCUAUGCCUGAUUGGGCGAUUAGCAAGGCUGAGCAAAUCCAAUACUCUGCAGUCUUCACAAAAUUGGACAAAAAUAUGGAUGGAAUGGUCACCGGAACUGAUGUUCGUGAUUUCUUCAUCCACUCAAACCUUCCGCAGUCCGUGUUAGCGCACAUUUGGGAUUUGGUUGAUCUUCAAAACACCGGUUCUCUAAAUCAGUAA